AGCCUGCCUGACUGCGCGGAGGAGGAGGGCGGGCGCGGUGCCACCGGGGCGGGAAGGUCGCUGGCGAGAGCUCCGGGCUGCAGCUCCCGCGGCGGUGGCGGCGGCUCGGGACACGGCGCGGGAUGCACGCGCAGGACUGUCAGGCGGCCCCGACGCCCGAGCCGCCCGGGCCCCCUGCCCGCGACUGCGUGGCCGCCUGGUGGGACAUGGUCGAGCGCAACCUGCGAUCUUUUCCACACUCCUGUUCAACGCUUGGAAGAAAAAUUGCUGCUCUGUAUCACAGCUUUACUAGUAAAUCCUUAAAAGAACAUAUUUUCCCUCCUCUGAUAGACAUGCUAAUUUAUUUUAAUUUUUUCAAAGCCCCAUUUCUUGUGGAUUUAAAGAAACCAGAGUUAAAGAUUCCUCACACAGUGAACUUCUACCUGACAGUUGAACCUGGGGUGACGCUAGGGAUCUGGCACACAGUCCCCAGCUGCCGGGGAGAAGAUGCCAAGGGGAAGGACCGUCGCUGGUAUGAAGCAGCCCUUCACGAUGGGAACCCAAUUAUUGUUUAUCUUCAUGGCAGUGCAGAACACAGGGCAGCUUCUCACAGACUCAGGCUGGUAAAGGUGCUGAGUGACGGUGGCUUUCAUGUCUUGUCUGUUGACUACAGAGGAUUCGGGGACUCGACGGGUAAGCCCACAGAGGAGGGUCUGACUGUGGAUGCUAUUUGUGUCUAUGAGUGGACCAAGGCAAGAAGUGGCAUCACUCCCGUGUGUCUCUGGGGCCACUCCCUGGGUACAGGGGUUGCAACGAAUGCUGCAAAAGUGUUAGAAGAAAAAGGAUGCCCAGUUGAUGCUAUUGUCUUGGAAGCUCCAUUUACCAAUAUGUCGGUUGCAAGUAUCAAUUAUCCCUUGUUAAAGAUUUACCGGAAUAUUCCAGGAUUUUUACGUACACUUAUGGAUGCCCUGAGAAAAGACAAAAUAGUCUUUCCUAAUGAUGAAAAUGUUAAAUUCCUUUCUUCUCCCCUUCUCAUCUUACAUGGAGAGGACGACAGGACAGUGCCUUUGGAGUAUGGAAAAAAGCUCUAUGAAAUUGCACGCAAAGCAUACAGGAACAAAGAGAGGGUCAAGAUGAUUAUCUUUCCUCCUGGCUUCCAACACAACCUGCUUUGUAAAAGCCCCACACUAUUAAUAGCCGUAAGAGAUUUCCUGAGCAAGCAGUGGUCAUGAAGUCUUGGAGGAGUGGAAAUCUUCAAGGAAGACUUGGUCCAAACACCACCUGUGAUGUGCAUUUUUUAAUAUAAAAUUGUACUGGGCUGGUCAGAUGAGCUGAAGCCAUUGACUUCUCUGCAAAUCACUUGCCAUUUUAACAACAGAAAACAUACAUGUUAGGCAGUAUGGAAUGUUUUUGUUUAGUUUAUAAUCUACUUUGUAAAACAUGCCGAAACCUCACAAUUUGGUAAAAUUUAGAUCCUAUCUAAAAAUAUGUAGUUAUCAAACAUCCUAGGGAUAUUUGUGAAUAAGGUAGUUGCUAUGGUCCGAAUAUCUGGGCCUGCCCCCCAAAGUAUGUUGAAACCUAACCACCAAUGUGAUGGUUAUAGGAGGUAGGGCUGAGCUCUCAGGAAUGAGAUUAGCGCCCUAAUAAAUUAUGACCAAAAGAGCUCUUUGCCCCUCCUACCAUUUGAAGAUAUAGUGAGAAGGCUUCAUCUAUGAACUACAAAGAAGCCUUCAUCAGACACUGAUUCCAGCCAGUGCCUUGCUCUUGGACUUCCCAGCCCCCACAACUGUGAGAAAUAAAUUUGUUGUUUAUAAGCUA